GAGAUACGAGACAUCGGCGUCGAUUGAGAUAUCUUCUAAAGUUGAACAUACACCUAACCAAGACUCAAUUAAGCAUAUCUAACCUAUUUGCAUAAUUUUGGUGUUUUGAAACUAUCGUGUAGUCACUCACUUGUAGAUUUGAAAGCUCCUAGGUGUCUCGCGGAAGAAUCGAACUCGUGCGACGAUGCGGGGUCUUACGUUACUAUUCACAUACCUCAUCAGCAUCGCCACCGUCCUUUCUACAGUAAGCGCAUAUGUCGGAACCGCACCGGGCAAAACACCACAAUUCCAAACCCUCCCUUCCCUGCGAGAGCAAGCGAGGCUAGUAGACGGAUGGACAGAAGAACGCAAAGCGCUUAUCCCAGGCCUGUUGCGCAAAUACGGCAUCGAUGCGUGGCUAAUGAGCCAGCGGGAAUACGCCGAAGACACUGUCUUUUGGGCGCUCAAAGAAGCGACGGAAUUUUCUGCGCGGCGACGCACUACGCACCUGUUCCUCGCGGACCCGGUUGGUGGUGCGCCGACGAGCUACUCAUGGAUCGAGAACACGGAUUUUGUGUGGACGGAUCUACGGAAGAUACUUGCGGCGCAGCAGCCGCGCUCGAUUGCGCUGAAUACACAUCCUGAGCUCGCGUUUGCCGGGGGUAUGCAUGCGGGCGAGUUAGACGCUGUGGUGAAGGGAAUUGGAGAGGAGUGGAAGGAUAAGUUUGUACUAGAGCCUAUGCUGGGCGUUGAGGUUAUCGCGACGAUGGUGAAGGGUCGAUUGCCGUGGUAUCGCAAGAUGAUGGAGACAGCUUGGGCUAUAAUCGAGGAGGGAUUCAGCGAGAAGAUCAUCGUACCUGAGAAAUCCACGAGUUGGGAUAUCGAAUGGUGGAUGCGAGAGAGGAUUCAGUCUCUGAAUUACACCACCUGGUUCCAGCCCAGUGUAUUCAUUCUGACUGGGUCGGGAUUCUCGGCCGCCGAUGAUCCUUCUGCCAUGGACGACCCUCGCGCGCCGGAUAGGCCGAUCACGUAUGGUGACUUGAUUCAUACGGAUUUCGGCGUGACGGCGCUUGGCUUGAAUACGGAUACGCAGCAUAUAGGAUACGUGCUCUAUCCUGGAGAGACGGAGACUGAUGUGCCGAAGGGCUUUAUUGAAGGCCUCAAGAAAGUCAACAGGCUGCAAGAUAUCGUGAAGAAUAACAUGAAGAUCGGCAUGACUGGUAACGAGAUUUUGAAGGUGGCUUUAGAGCAGGCUCAUAAUGAAGGUAUCGAAGGUAAGAUUUAUUGUCAUGCUACUGGAGAAUGGGGGCACUCAGCAGGGACAGUGAUUGGUAUGACUAAUCUUCAAGACGAAGUUCCGGUUCUUGGAGAUCUCCCACUGCUCAAAAAUACAUUUUAUAGCAUUGAACUUUUCGCGGAACAUUUCGUUCUCGAGAGGAAUAGAACUAUAGUCUUCCCUCAAGAAGAGGAUGUAUACUGGGACGACGCGACGAAUAGUUGGGAAUGGGUCUACGGAAGACAAGAGCAACUUUUGCUUAUUAAGACCCCUGCCGAAGAUACGCUGACUGAGCUUUGAGGCGGCUCGGGGCUAAGAUUUUUGUUUACUUUGAUGUUCAUUGCUUCAUUGAUAACUUGAAAAACGGGUUAGCGGUUCUAAAUGACGCAUUCUGAAGAGCUGUUGAUUCUAUAGAAAGAUGUUGUGUACUAUGAGAUAUGGAGUACUUACAUCGCGUCCGCUGAGCAUGCUUAUAAUGGACACCGAGCUCCCCGAGCCAGUACGGAAAUCCGCUGGAUAGAGGCUCCGGCAAUUAUUAUGUCCGCUUUUCUUUUCCCUUUUUUUUUGUUUCAUAGGUAGCCGCGCCGGUGAACGGGCUUAGGUGAAAAGCCUCUUACGUGAAUAAGGGAUGGCGGAAGCUUGGCUCUUCUCAACGCCAGGUUCUCGUCCAAUUAGGAUAUAGACGGCUUCUAGAGUAGCCGAAUAAAUGAUGCGGAUGGCGGCUGAUGAUGCAAUCGCGCUUUAACUGGACCAAAGUGGAAGUACACGAUUCCCGCUUUGCUGCAGGUCAGAUAGAAGAAAGAGAGAAAACACGAGCUUCCGAG